ACUUCUCCGUAUCCCGAUCCCACUCUUCAAGUUAGCGACGAUGGCAGAUGGCCUCAGUAUCGCAUCUGGUGUCGUGGCGCUGAUCACCUUUGCUUUUCAAUCCAGUACCGCCCUCUACACCACAGUUCGCAGCUUCCAGAGCCAGGAUAAGACCGCCCGCGCGCUCAAAACCGAGCUAACGGAUCUGACCGCAGUUUUGGAGUCCCUUCUCGAAACGGUCUCCGCAAACCCUGACAUCAACUUCGAAGCUCUCAAACUUCCUCUUUACCGUUGCGGGAAGACCUGCGAGGAGUAUGGCGACCUCAUUGCCCGGUGCACCAAGCAUUCCAGUACGCCACGGCCGAGCUUUCGGGACUGGAUCGGCCAGCAAUAUCUCAAAGGAGACAUAUCUGACUUCAAGGAGAUGCUUGCUGGAUACAAAUCCACUAUUAACAUAGCGCUGGCCAAUGUAAACCUGCGCGUCGUCGCCUCCAUAACUCCCAAUGCACUCGAAGAAUACAAAGACUUGAUACGCGAUAUCACUAGCGACCUGCAAGAGCAUAUGCAACGAUUAGAUGAGAGGGUACAGAGCUUGGCUGUCUCUGGGGCCGAAAACCCGGUUCGAGAUUCUGCCGAAUGGCUAGCCAUGUGGGAGGAGAAAGAGAGCACUCACCAAGGCUUACGAAUCUGUUUGCAGUUAUCUGCCCAGAUUGAAAAGCUUGAAUCAACAUCCAAGGAGCAUCAGCAGUUCUUAGAGCAGCCGUCAGCACACAAGAUUAUCAGGACUGGAUUAGGCGUCGCUAAAGGGUCUAUUCGCUCCUUGGUAUCACGGCUUCAAAGUCACCAGAUCGACGUUGACAAGAGAAUGCAGGCGAUGGGAUCGACAGAACCUUUGUCUCGGGAAGAGUUGAGACAGCUCGCAGGAUUGCAAGAGACGAAGGAGAGUCCUCAGCAAUGCAUCAACGUUGUCUCCGAGGCAGGCCAAACCUUGACUGAUGAACGGUGCAACAUUUUCGAGGACAUAACAAUGGCUGACAACAGCUACGGUAUCUCUGUUUCAACAGUGAAAGAACUUGUUGUGGCGAGACGAAUCAACCUCAAAGAUGAGGCGCGCUACGUUGGUGGGCAAAUCAGCGAUGAAAGCUACCAAAAAACGAUAGAUGCCCUGACACAACUGGACCUGGUGAGGACCAGGUCUGUUGGACAGGGUAUCGGGCAAGGCACCCCACCCAGUGAGCUAGAAGCCGAAAGCACAGGAUCGGUCGGGUUUCUCGACCGUUAUGGGCGUGGUUUUAAGCUAUCGCCGUCAGAAACACCCGCCAACCCAUCAGAGAGAAAGCCGUAGCGUUCACUUCUUGCACCGCUGUUGCGAAUAUUACUCGUUUGCAGAACGGCUUUUAAGUCCGCAAGACUAUUGGCGUUGCUGUUAUUGCAUCACCACACCAAACUUCGCUGCGUGAAUUCCAGGUGCUAUGGCUUCAAAAAUGCUUCUAAAAUUUCUGCACAGCAAGUUAUGCUGGGAUGGUACUGUUC